AUGGCGGUCACCAGAUUUUGGAAAUCCAAUCCCAGUAUCCUGACAGUGCAAAGGUCAGCCAUGCUCAGGAAACAACAGCUUCAACAGCAGCAGCUCCAGCAGCAGAGCUCCUCAAACACUGGCUCAGACGAGGUACUGCAUGCUCUGACUGCAGCACAGUCACUAAGUGAAAAUGCCCAUAAAAAUGAUCAUAGAUUUGCAAAUGCCUGUGGUUAUAAGUCAGACUCGGACUCUGGCUCUGGUUCAGGAAGUGGCUCGUCUGACUCUUCAGCAGAGGAGAAAGGGAACAGUGACGAGUCCGUGUCAGACUAUGAGCCCAGUCACAAAGUCAAGAGCAGAAAACCUUCAAACAAGGCCAAUGCCAGGAAUGGGAGAAAUAACAAUGCUCCUAAGAAGAAGCCCUCCCGCUCCUCCUCAGAUGACGAGGACGAUUAUAAAAAAGCUUUAGCGGGACCUCGGCGGCAGGCCACUGUCAAUGUGAGCUACAAAGAAGAUGAGGAACUGAAGACUGAUUCAGAUGACCUGGUGGAGGUGUGUGGAGAGGACGUCCCACCGCCGGAGGAGGACGAGUUUGAGACACUGGAGAGAGUUAUGGAAAUGAGGAUAGGCCGGAAAGGAGCAACGGGGGCCGUAACCACAGUGUAUGCAGUAGAGGCAGAUGGGGACCCCAACACCAACUUUGACCCCAACAGACAGCCAGGAGAGGUGCAAUACUUGAUGAAGUGGAAGAACUGGUCCCACAUUCACAACACCUGGGAGACAGAGGAGACGCUCAAACAACAGAACGUGAAGGGCAUGAAGAAACUGGACAACUUCAAGAAAAAAGAUCAGGAGAAAAAGAAAUGCUGGGAAGACGGUGCUCUCAUUGCCAGAAAGUUUCAAAAGUGCAUUGAUGAAUACAUGAGUCGGAAUCAGUGCAAAACCAUUCCCUCCAGAGAGUGCAAGGUUUUAAAACAGAGGCCACGGUUUGUACCCAUGAAGAAGCAGCCUCCUUACAUUGGCGCAGAUGGAUUGGAGCUGCGCGACUAUCAGUUGGAGGGUCUGAACUGGAUGUCAUUUUUAGGAAAUGUGAGCUGGGCGUUCAUUGGUGUAGAUGAGGCCCAUCGGCUGAAGAACGACGACUCACUCCUCUACAAGACUAUGAUUGAGUUCAAGUCCAACCACAGGCUCCUGAUCACAGGCACACCCCUCCAGAACUCACUCAAAGAGCUCUGGUCUCUGCUGCAUUUUAUUAUGCCUAUAAAAUUUCACUCGUGGGAGCUGUUUGAAGAGGAACAUGGCAAAGGCAGAGACUCUGGCUAUACCAGCCUUCAUAAGGAGCUAGAGCCCUUCCUGCUGCGCAGAGUGAAGAAGGAUGUGGAGAAAUCUCUGCCUGCCAAGGUGGAGCAGAUCCUCAGGGUGGAGAUGAGCGCUGUUCAGAAACAAUACUACAAGUGGAUAUUGACGAGAAACUAUAAAGCCCUGAGUAAAGGCACUAAAGGAAGCAAGUCGGGCUUCCUCAAUGUCAUGAUGGAGUUGAAGAAAUGCUGUAACCACUGCUACCUCAUUAAAUCGCCUGAGGACGAGUUCUACAACAGACAAGAAGGCCUACAGCACCUCAUUCGCAGCAGUGGGAAGCUGAUUCUUCUGGAUAAGCUGCUGGUUCGGCUGAAGGAACGAGGGCACCGUGUGCUUAUCUUCUCCCAGAUGGUCCGGAUGCUGGACAUCCUGGCUGAGUACCUGAAGUACCGGCAGUUCUUAUUCCAGAGACUGGAUGGUUCCAUAAAGGGUGAAAUGAGGAAGCAGGCUUUAGAUCAUUUCAAUGCAGAGGGCUCUGAGGAUUUCUGCUUCCUGUUGUCCACGCGAGCAGGUGGUCUGGGGAUUAACCUAGCCUCUGCGGAUACAGUGGUCAUUUUUGACUCCGACUGGAACCCUCAGAAUGACCUGCAGGCCCAGGCCAGAGCGCACAGGAUUGGUCAGAAAAAACAGGUGAAUAUAUACCGUCUGGUGACAAAGGGCUCAGUUGAGGAGGAGAUUAUUGAGAGAGCCAAGAAGAAAAUGGUGUUGGACCACCUCGUGAUUCAGAGGAUGGACACCACUGGAAAGACAGUCCUUCACACGGGUGCUGCUCCUUCCAGUUCUACUCCAUUCAACAAGGAGGAACUGUCAUCCAUCCUGAAGUUUGGUGCUGAAGAACUUUUCAAAGAGCCGGAAGGAGAGGAACAGGAACCUCAGGAGAUGGACAUUGAUGAAAUCCUGAAGAGAGCAGAGACCAGAGAGAACGACCCUGGACCAUCGACUGUAGGAGAAGAGCUCCUCUCUCAAUUUAAGGUGGCAAAUUUCUCCAUGAUGGAGGAGGAGGAGAUUGACAUGGACACUGAGAGGGAUGAUAGGAACUGGGAUGACAUUAUCCCAGAGGAGCAGCGGAGGAGACUCGAGGAAGAGGAGCGACAAAAAGAGCUAGCAGAGAUCUAUUUACUGCCCCGCAUGAGGAAGUGUGCUAAACAGAACAACUUUAAUGGAAAUGAGGGCAGGCGUAGCCGGAACAGACGAUACUCUGGUUCAGACAGCGACUCUGUCUCCGACAGAAAGAGGCCCAAGAAACGAGGAAGACCUCGAACUAUUCCAAGAGAGAACAUUAAGGGUUUCACUGAUGCUGAGAUACGCAGGUUUAUCAAAAGUUAUAAAAAGUUUGGUGGCCCUUUAGAAAGGCUUGACGCUAUCGCUCGCGAUGCUGAGCUGGUGGAUAAAUCAGAGCAUGAUCUGCGGCGGCUGGCUGAGACCGUACACAACGGCUGUUUGAAAACGCUAAGAGAGAACCCCUGUGGACCCGAACGAAGCUCAGGAGGCAGGCGAGGGAAGGUGAAGGGACCCACCUUCAGGAUCUCAGGGGUUCAGGUCAAUGCUAAGCUGGUGAUCUCUCAUGAGGAGGAACUGGCACCAUUACACAAGGCCAUUCCCGCUGACCCUGAGGAGAGGAAGAGGUAUAUAAUCCCAUGCCACUCAAAGGCAGCUCAUUUUGACAUUGAGUGGGGUAAAGAGGACGACUCCAGCCUGCUUAUUGGGAUUUAUGAGUACGGUUAUGGCAGCUGGGAGAUGAUCAAGAUGGACCCAGACCUCAACCUCACACAUAAGCUCCUUCCUGAUGACCCUGACAAGAAGCCACAGGCCAAGCAGUUGCAGACACGAGCUGACUACCUCAUCAAAUUACUGAGCAAAGACCUCGCCAAGAAGGAAGCACAGAAACAGGCAGGCACAGCAAAUUCACGCAAGAGAAAACCACGGGGCAAGAAGAAUAAAGCGGUAAAGCCGAAGAUGGAUGAUGUGACGAACAGUCUGUCCUCUGCACCGCCAUCAGAUAAGAGCUCUGAAGAAGAGGAUGAGAAGGAGGAAGAGGAAAAGGAAACUCCACCAGUUAAGCCGCCCAACAGAAGAGCAUGUGUGUCAGAGCGGUCGGUAAAGGAGGAGGAGGAUGAGGACGAGGAUGAAGAGUCUGAUGAGGACGAGCCUGAGGAUAAAGAGCCCGAAGAGAAGGACAUCAUGGAGAAAGUGGUCAAAAAAGAGAUUAAGAAGGAGAUGAAAGAGGAGGGUCUGGACAGCAAAGAGUGGGAACCAAAAGAGAAGGAGAUGAAGCCAGAGCCUGAAGAAGAGACUCCUGCAGAGAAGGCUGUAGAGGUGAAAGCCGAUACCCCUGUGCACACGCCCUCCGGAGGAGAAGCACUUCCCCUGUCUGAGGAGUCUGAAGAACUGGACCAGAAAACCUUCAGCGUGUGUAAGGAGCGCAUGCGGCCGGUGAAGGCAGCACUCAAGCAGCUGGAUCGUCCGGAGAAGGGUCUGUCUGAGCGCGAGCAGCUGGAGCACACGCGUCAGUGCCUGAUCAAAAUAGGAGAUCACAUCACCGAGUGUCUGAGAGAAUACACCAACCCCGAACAGAUCAAACAGUGGAGGAAAAAUCUGUGGAUAUUUGUUUCGAAAUUCACGGAAUUUGAUGCAAGGAAACUGCAUAAACUAUACAAACACGCCAUCAAGAAAAGACAAGAAAAUGCUCAGGCAGUGGAGCAGAACACUAGCACUGUAAAUACACAAAGCUUUAAACAUGCAGAUGUUGAGCGGAUAAAGGAGUCCCAGCAGGACGACAGCAGCAGAGACAGCUACAGCUCUGACAGACAUCACUCAUCUCGCUACCAUGAACACAGCAAAGAUCGGCACGCUGGCGACUCGUACAGGAAGAGCUCCGAUGCCAGGAAGAGACCCUACUCCUCCUUCAGCAACGGCAAAGACCACCGAGAGCGAGAGAGAGACCAGUACAGAGAGAGAGGAGAGCGACAGGACAGCAGAUACUACAGCGACAGCAAGCACAGGAGGCUAGACGAGCACCGCUCCAGCAGAGAGCACCGCUCAGAAAGCAACUCCAAGGACAGGACUCACUCCGAACACCGCUUCCACUCUGAGCACCGCUCUGCCUCCGACUACACGCAUCACAAAUCGUCCCGGGACUACCGCUACCAUUCAGACUGGCAGAUGGAGCACCGGCCGCGCUCUCCCCGAGACCAGCGCUCCCCAUACGACUCUCGCUCUCCGCUGGGACACCGCUCGCCCUUCGAGUACUCGUCUGACCACAGAAGCACACCCGAACAGAGCGGCCGCAAGACAUAACACUCUCCGCUCCGCGCCGCUCGCUUCUGAUUAGCCAUAGACACACAACACACAGGAAAUGCCUUAGGGGACUGUCGGCCGCUGCACUGGGGCUCUGGGAGUGCCACCCUUUCCUACUCACCUUCGAGAAACACAGAUCACAUAUUUUUGUAUUUAAGAGUUAGCUGCAUUCUUUCGUAGGUGUUGCAGAUUAAUUGUUUUUUAUUAUUAUUUUUAUAAAUUGACUACUUUCCCUUUUGUUUUUCUGUUUAUAUAUUUUUUUUUACUUGGAUCCGGACAUACAGCCGUAUGUAAACGCGACGCAGCUUAUUUAAGAAGUGUUGAGUGAAAGGAUGCUACAAACGCGUGUCGUCUUUAUCCGCUGAGGGGUUUCUGUUCUGAAGGACUGGGGCUCACCUUCCAAAGUACCUCGUUUACAGUGUUUUGUGACCAUUUUACCAAUUUUUCUUUGUAAUUUUUCUUUCCAUCAUGCUUGAAUUAUUUAAAUCUGUCUCGGCUGUAAAAUAAUCUGGACUAUUUUUAGUGCGCAUCAGAUAAUGUCACUUUUUCCACAUUGUACUACUGUAAAUUAUUGUAUAAAGUAAAUCAAAUGGGCUUUUCUCAGGCUGG